AUGUUUAGAUAUUGUGAAUCUAUUGCAAAUAUAGUAAAGGUAUAUACAAAAGGCUCUCCGUAUUUCCAUGGCUGUUUCUUGCAAAACUUAAAAGACCUAACUCAAAGGCUACUUGAACAUGGUGGUAGUAGUUCAGGAAAUAAUGAGUCAUCCUCCUGGCUAUUCGCGAAAAAAAUGCCUAAAGCAGCUCUUGAUUCUUUAUGGGAUUCCUUGGAAGUUAAAUUCAAUAAGUUCGUUGCAGGAGAUGCUGUGGAUGAAACCGGACAGAAACCGUCUUCAAUAUCUCAAGAGACUGUUGGACCUUUCUCCCACUUUAGUGCCAUUACUCAGCAGGCUUCAGAUGUCCCAUCUCGUAGUGUAUCAGCAGCUGAGUUUCGGUCGAUUCCUGAUUCAAGUCAUGAUGCGCGACGUUCAACUACACCCAAUGCAAGAUUACAAAAACAAAUAAAUGGAUAUCAACGAAGAUCAUCAACGCCCGGUGUUGGUGUACAAACUUCUGAAUACACGAAUAGUGGACAUAAUUAUAAUGGAUAUAGUCCCUCAGCUUCCGAUGGACAGACCUCAAUGUCACCCGUACCUGAAGAUAAAUCAUCUUAUAUAACAUCGCCCGUAGAUAAUAGCGCUAGUCAUUUCGGAACCUUUGAUGUACAGGGUACUUAUACUGGUUAUAAUUCUUAUAAUAUGUAUCAACAAUCGCAGCAGAAUGACAAUGGUUUACAAUCAAGUUCUGAAAACGGACAUUCAUAUGGGUCUGUUCCGUAUGGUCAACAGUCAACACAAGGUGAUUAUAAUUAUUCAUCAUUGUCGAACAAUUCAGGCAUUGACGCAAAUAAGCAACAAAGUAUUUAUCCAUAUUACCACCCAGUUGGGAAUUCUGAUACGUCUUAUACAAAUGAUUCUGCAUGGUGGAAUAAUCCCAGUCCUUAUACCAACGACAAUUAUUCAAAUCAAAAACAAAUUACAAAUAAAAACAAUGAGGGAGGGGAAUUUAUUUCACCCAUGGACAAUAGUAAUCCGUUACUCUCCCCAACUUCAGCACCAGACAAUACUAGAGUAGAUCGUAAUAGUGAAUGGGAUAAUAUAGAAGAUGAUUUAGGGUUAGGAAAUAAUGCUUUUAAUGCCAAAAACAAAGAGAAGCAAGCGGAUGAUAACUAUGAAUCGACAGAGAAUGUUUCUCAGGAGUCGGAACUGCCAAAAGAGGAGAAAAAAGAUGAGAAGACGGGAUGGUUUGGGAGGUGGUUUGGUGGAAAGAAAGAAGGUGGUGGUAAAGUUGCUAAUUUGGGCGAAGAAAGUUCGUUUUAUUUCGAUCCGGUUCAAAAAAGAUGGGUCAACAAAAAGGGUGGCACGGAUACGCCUACAACUUCAACACCCCCUCCCCCGCAACCAACGCGCGCUAAAACCACAUCACCUACACCAUCUGCGCCAAUGAUGAAUUCAAAUUUAAAUAUGCAGUCAAUGCCACCACCAAGUACCAAUAGACAAUCGUUACCGCCUCUAAAUACACCAGGCGGAAAUGUUUCAACACCACCAGUUAAACAGAGAAGUGUUUCCAGUGCUAGUACGCGACGCCCUAUUCGGUCGAGAUAUGUGGAUAUUAUGAAUCAGCCACCCCCAUCCCCGAAAUAA